UUUUGUUGAGUGAUGACGAUACAGUAGGCCUACCUAUUUCGCAUUCAACCUGAUACCCAGCUAAACCACAGAGAGUGCAUCUCUCAGGGUGUUAGAGUAAGCGUGGUGCUGACCACAUGCAACGUCACCGUCAGCAAAGCUGUAAAGAGAGGGUGGCUGCCGCAGAAACAAGCAGUCACGCCAGACAGAGCCAGGUGUGAAGAGUGAAAUGAACAUGGACUGUUCAAGAGUAGCAGUCAAACCAACUCCAUGUUUCUGGAUGAUCUGUAUAGUAUUUGUGUACCUUUUGUUUCCUGAAGGACAUGCCGGGAGAUGCUCAAAAGAUCAGUAUGACGCAGACAAUAAGGGAGACUGCCAGCCGUGCCAGCCCCCGGCAGCUUUCUUAGAACAAGGUUAUUGCCAUAAGUGUCUUAUCUGUGAGCAUGCGGUCAAGAAAAACUGCACUCCAUCAUCUGAUGCGGAAUGCUCCUGUCCACCAGGCUUUGGCUGUCAAAGACAGCACUGUGAAAAAUGUGAGAAGUUACCACUCUGUAAGAAGGGCGAAGAACUCAAAGUGAAAGGCAACUUCAACUACAAAUACUCCUGCCAGCCAUGCCCAAAUAAAACAUACUCCAACAUUGUCAAUGGCACCUGCAAACCUUUCACUGAGUGUCACAGCAUUGGCAUGGAAGAGGUAUUUGCAGGAAACAGAACCCACAACGUAAAAUGUGGUGUUAACCAACCAGUUACAGAUGACCAAUGGCUCAACACUGUCCAGGCUCUACAUUUAAUUGGAUCAGCGGUCAUUGGCCUUAGCUGUUUGGUUUUGCUGGGCAUUUGUUGUUUGAAGAUCAAAUCAAAGAGAUCACAAUCAGCAAACCAGAGGCCUGUCGUGGCUUCAGAGCCAGGUCUAUUGCCCUUCUCUGUAGAGGAGAGAGGAGCCACCAAAACCCUGCCGGACACACAUCUAUGAUCACGCGUAAUGUAUCUGCACGCUGCAGUUCAUCAAAAGGAUCUGUACAAAUACCGGUUGCGAGUAGGGACACUGCUAGAGAUGGAAAACAAUACAACACCAAUCAUGAUAUCAUCUGCAGUGUCAUCUAAGGACCCAAUGCUUGGCACUUAGAAACAUCCUAACCUAAACGUAUGUGUGCACCAGCAGUCAGCAGUGACCAAAGUGACCAGAGUGAUGGAAGUAAUCAUUUCUCUGUGGAGGGUCAGUGAAUUGGUUGACCGAAGUGAAUUUGCGGGUGGGGCAAAGUGAAUUGAGUGACCAAAGCAUCUUCCAGAAGUUAAAAGUCUGUUCACUUUAUGCUAAUGAAACUGCCACCACCAUCAAUUUGAAGUAUUACUGUAUUGUUGCUUUUAAGUUUCUCAAUAACAUAUAGGAUACAUGAAAGGGAGGGAGUCAAACACACCAGCGCCGACACGAUUAAGCGACAGAGAAUCGCUGGACUGUGCAGCAAGAGCGAUAGAAGCGACAGAGUAUGUCCGUAAAAAGCCGAAUGCAAGCAUUCUGACAUUCCUAUUGGCUGUGGCGGCUGUCGUUAAACCGCGUCAUAGCUCAUUUGCAUAAUAUUUCGCUCAAGUUGCUCAAAUCGCCUCUAGUCGCAGAAAUCGCUUUUGUCUCUUCUGUCGCCAGUGACUCAAUAAAGUCAAUUACUUCUGUCGCUGGAGCCACUCAAGUCGCGCUUCGUGUAUUUGUGGCAUUAGCAUAAACUUGGUGCUCUGUAGUGUGUUGUUUGUAUACAGAAAGCAUUAAGCUGAGCUUGUGAUGUAAAAAGCUUGUUGAGGCAGGUGACAUCAUGCCCCCUUCAUUGAUAUGCUCCCUUGAUGAAUUAUUGUUGUGUGUCCAUACUUCUUUCUCUAAAUUGUAUAAACGCUGUUGCUGUUGUUGUUUUGUUUAUUACCUGGGCAAUGCAAUGCCUGUCUGUCUUGCUGUUUGUCUGCCCGCAUGUAUGUGUCUGCAGGAGGAGAGAAACACAGACCAGGUUACACACAGACACACACAC